UACUUUUCUCAAAGGAAAGCAAAGGAGAAAGAACAGAAAGCUAUCUUUAUGGUUUGGUUGUGGUGUGGUUAACCCUCUCUCAGGAACAACCCCAGGUUUAGGGGGAGAGAGGUCUGACUCAGACCCACAGCAAGACCUUCCCACCUGUGUGAAGGACAAGAGCCAGAGAAGGCGCUUUAGUCUGGACAACAGCACUCUCUCGUCCACUUUAAACUAGACAAAAACAGAUCAUCCUCCUUCAUAAUUCGUUAUUUAUGUGCAAGAGCGUUCCAGAGGAUCAUACGAAAUUGGAGCUGGGCUGUGAAUCAAAGCUCUGGCACGACAAACCAUAAGAAAGAGAGGGAUUUUGAAGGAGGGAGGGAAGAUCGACAAGGAGAUUCACAUAGACAGAGGCUGCUGGAAGAUGAAGUCUCUUCCAAAGAACCAAGGACGAACCGAUUUGGGUGCUAUGGCGGAUAUGCUGACAUCUCUGGCGAUGCCCAAUCAGAAGUGGAACUCGGAGGGUAUUGAGCACCUGAGUAUGACACAGGAACGGAAAACAGGAAAGCAGCGCCCAUGGGACUCAGAGGGACUGAAUUGGGAUGAUACGGCCCGGGACAGCCUGGAAAGAGUACGAAGAAGAGAUAGAGCAAACUCAUACUCGGCCGCUGGCAGUGAGGGCAGUAUCUCCACCUCGGCGGCCUCUCUCCCACCACAGGCUUCGGGCAGUUCAGCCCCAAACUCCCCAGGCUCCCGUCACUCUGUCAGCACCCUGAAGAAAUGGCUGACCAAUCCAGUGCGUAAGCUGAGCGCCGGGGCGACCGGAACGGCCAAGGGAGAGCGGCAGGUCCGUAGACUGGAGGGCAAACCCCCACCUCCACCUGCCAGGAGCAGCCAAGACCUGGGCAGCCCACAAACAGAGGAGCAGUUCACCAUCCUGCCAGUCAUAGACAAAGACCUGAUUACCCAGUGCACCAGCCUACAGGCUGAUGACAUUUGCUUUGCUUUGAUGGAUGACAACUCCAGCCAAUCAUCAGCCACCAUAGACAGCGAAGAAGAUCGGAAGAGUGCCUUAGAAAAAAGCAUGUAUGUUCUGAAAGAGUUGAUAGAGACAGAAAAGCUGUAUGUAGCUGAUCUAGGACUUAUUGUGGAGGGCUACAUGGCCACUAUGAAUGCAAAAGGAGUUCCAGAAGAUAUGAAGGGAAAAGACAAAAUAGUAUUCGGGAAUAUUCAUCAGAUCUACGACUGGCAUAGAGAUUAUUUCCUGGGUGAGCUGGAGAAAUGUGUGGCUGAACCUGAACGACUGGCCCAACUUUUUAUCAAACAUGAAAGGCGGCUUCACAUGUAUGUGGUAUAUUGCCAGAACAAACCUAAGUCUGAGCACAUCAUGUCAGAAUACAUCGAGACCUACUUUGAGGAACUGAAACAGCAGCUGGGUCACAGGCUGCAGCUGAAUGACCUGCUCAUCAAACCUGUGCAGAGGAUCAUGAAGUACCAGCUGCUUCUGAAGGAUUUCCUCAAGUACUACACAAAGGCUGGGAUGGACAUUGAAGAGCUGGAGAAAGCAGUGGAGGUGAUGUGUUUUGUUCCGAAGCGCUGCAAUGACAUGAUGAACGUGGGUCGGCUGCAAGGCUUUGAGGGGAAGAUCACGGCACAAGGAAAACUUCUCCAACAAGACACAUUCUCAGUCACAGAACAGGACAGCAGCAUUCUUUCCCGUGCUAAAGAGAGACGGGUCUUCCUAUUUGAACAGCUUGUCAUCUUCAGUGAGCCAAUAGACAGGAAAAAAGGAUUCUCUCUACCUGGAUAUAUUUUUAAGAACAGUAUUAAGAUAAGUUGUCUGGGUGUGGAGGUGUGUGUUGAUGGUGACUCGAAUCAAUUUGCCCUGAUGUCUCGGGGGGCUGAUGGCAGCACGGUGCGUUUUGUCUUGCACUCUUCAUCGCAGGACAUCUGCAAGGCUUGGGUCAGCGACGUGAGCCAAAUACUGGAGACCCAACGCAAUUUCCUAAAUGCCCUGCAGUCACCCAUAGAGUACCAGAGAAGGGAGAGCAAGAGCAACAGUUUGGGCCGUAGCAUGAAGCCUCCUCUGGCAGCAGUUACUGGUCUGAGGCCCCACUCCUCAGCAUCUAUCGACCGACACAAACUGCCCUGCCUGCGCUCCUGUAACACAUCUUUGCCCUCUCUCUAUCUGCCCAGCCAGGUCCCCACUGAUGACCACUCACAGCCAGAGCGCUGUCCAGUGGACUCCAGACUGAAUUCCCAGACGGUGUCUCCAACUCAUGUGCAGCUGGCCUUCUCUGAAGAACCGUCAUUCUCCCAGGCACCUCUAAACUGCCAGGCAGUUUCCAACGGGCUUUGUUCCUCUAGCACACAAGCCUCACAGAGCUCAGGAGAGGGAACCAGACCCAGAGAGGGAUGCAUGGCUGUUCCUAGACCCUUCUCCACUCUUCAGCGCUCCAGUAACUUGGCCCAGCUUGAUGAGGAUGACCUGUGAAUGGGAAUGACCCUGAAUCUGAUGUUUGCACCAGAGCAUGCCACAGUCUGGACUUUAUUCACGUCUGUUGUGGUAUUCUUCCUAAACCUAUGACGCAAAUUACCUAGUGACUUUUUAAAUUUUUUUAUAUAAUUUCUCGUUUUUUUGUUGUUGUUGUCUUUUAAAGUUAUGUUUUGUUCAAAGGAGAAUCAACCAUUCCUAUAUUGGGAGGUCACUGGAGCAGGAACCAGAGUAAACCUUUAUUUGAGGGUGUGAGGAUGCGACUGGGCAAGCGUGUGUGCGUGCAUGUAUGUAUGAAUGUGUAUUUGUGUGCUAAAUUCUGAUGGCUUCAUCCUUGCAAACAUGCUGAAUGUUUUCCAUCAGAUGCAUUUUGCAGAGAACAUACUGUAUUAUUAUAAACAUAUGAGGGUCCUUAGUGGGCUCGUGCUGGAUUUUAAAGUUUUCGCACUAUUGGUGCCUCUUUACAAAAGCUGUCUUUCUAUAUCCCGUCUAUAUUGAAUGCUCUUGUGGGCUGCGUAAACUCUUAUGACGGAGCUAAGGGGAAACAGACUCUAAAUGCAGCUAAUUUAUAUGUACCGUAGUUAGAAGAAUGAUCUGUGCAUGAAGACACGGACGCUUGACUUUCUCUUCACUAACUGGGUGUUUGAAUUCUCGAAGAUCAAUCAACUUCGUUGUCGUGGACAAUGAGCGAUGCUGCUUGCGGAGCUUCGUGUUCAGACUUUACAACUACAGGUGGACAUAAGAGAUCACACACAAUGAGCAUCUGCCUUGUUGAGCAGGAAGACUUGCUCAAGGGAAGGACUGAAAGAUGGACCACAGUUGUUACGGCAGAAGAACAUGCAGUAUAAAAGUAGUUAUCUGUGGUUAAAUGACUCUUUUUUAGCUUCUGCCACCCCUCCUCGUGUAAUGCACACUGCCUGGAUUACUGUGCAGGUCUCGUCAUACAAAUUAAGGUUUCUGGAUUAUUAGAUGAUGAUGAUAAUAAUAAUACUAAUAAUAAUAAUAAUUAUUAUUAUUAUUUAAAGUUAAUGAAGGCCAAAGGUAAAAUGUUAUAUCAUUAUGUGCCAAAAGCAGGUGCCAGUACCCUUUACACAAAUGAAUAAAAUAUUAAGCCUAAAAUGUAAUUCAGUUCAUGUAUAGACCACUUGAAAACAAGCUAAAACACUUGUUUAAAUUUGGGGAAAAUGUUCUCAUGAAAAUGAGGGAAAAGGCUAAAGAUGUCAACUUUUAUUUUCCAAAAUGUUCAAGACAUUUUUGGUUAUUGUGUUUUGUUUAGUUGUUUUAUUGUUCUUUUUAAAGCAAAGUAUUUAUUAAUGACAAACCAAAUCAUUAGUUAUAAAGAGCACUGACAUUGUUAAUCAAGUCUGAAACAUACAGUUUGUCAUAAAACGUUAGAUGUCUCACCAAAGAAGGGAUGGUAUGUGUUUGGUAUUUGAUGUUAAAGCAUGAUCAAAAAGCACUUUCACCCCGUUUAGCUCAUUGCACAUUCUUUCCAACAGAGGGUACCAGAGGACUUCAGCGCUGUAUACACAACCAAUCGGUCUUUUCCACAGAUCAGUUUAAAACUUCAAAUGCAAAACUCUGUACCAAAGCUAAUAUGCUUUACUGUCAGCAUGUUUCAGAUGCAUUCGCAUAAAUAUCCUUAAAAUGAUUGUAACAAUCUUCUCUUGCCUUGAUGUAAUAUUCAAAUCUGCAGAAAUCGAAUAAUUUGACAUAGCCCUGUAUAAACUGAAAGCUUUCCUGUACUGCCUUUCCACAAACGUGGAUUUGAAUCUUACAUUGUUGCAUGCUAUUUUGAAGAACACCUCUAAAUGAUGAAGGAAAUAAUGUAGAGAAAGAAUUGGACAUGAUUAUGUCUAUGUGACAAACCCUAUAAUUGUAUUAUAUAAAAUUAAACUGGUUCCUUUUGGAACACGAGUGUUUUGGAACACACAAUGUUUCCUUUUCUACUGUAUUCAUGGACGUUUGCUGUGCGGUGUCAUUCAGGAUGUGUAUUUGUGGUAUAGGGGAGACUGGGGCUAGUUGUCACGCUUAAAUAUUUUUCAGAGUAUAGGAUUAUUUCGGAAAGUCAGUUUCUGUAU